UGCGCACGCACCCGGUAUCGAUCGGUAAUCGACGCAACAGCUCUUGCCUUCUCGCGAUCCGUCGAAGACAACCGAAAGAACAGAAGCAAGCAAACGUAGCGUUACGCGUUCUCUCGACCAGCCGCUCGUAUCGGUGCGCGACGUCACCACGGCAGUGGUCGCCUAACCUCUCUCUCGAAUCGACGAGACAUCUCAGAACGGAGAACGACGAUCGUUCGAGUCUGACACGAACGUCGUCGCAGAGAGACCGAUCGAAGCAACAACGCGCGCGCGUACACGCAGCAUCGUUCCGAAUUCACGACGUUCGCACGACGACGGUCAUAUCCGUGCAACGAAAACGGGCGUGGACACGAACAGUUGAUUCCGGUCGAGAGACGAACAGUAACGCAACGACACGAUGUCUCCCACGUCGGCCACCGUCGGCUAAUGUCGAAGAUACGCAUCCAGACCGUGACCAGUCUAUACAGCACAUCGACACCGGUUCCGUUGCAACCCCUGAAACCGACGUCGGCCAUCGUGGUGACGGGCUACGUCCCUCCGGACGCUUCAAGAUUCUCCGUGAACCUGUGGUGCAAAACCGGCGGGAACAUCGCGUUACACCUGAACGCGCGACUGGACAGAGGUUACGUGGUCCGAAACUCGAAAUCGAGGGGACGCUGGGAAGAAGAGGAGACAUGUUCCCCGGCAGCGCAGACCGCUUUCCGACGGAACUCUUACGUACACAUUCUAAUCUUCUGUACCAGCAACGAAUAUCAGAUCGCCGUCAACGGGGAACACUUUUGCGCGUUCUCGUACAGAAUGCCUCUAGAAGAGACAACGAGUCUAGAGGUGAACGGAUCAUUGGAAGACGUCCGAUUCAAGCAGUCGACGUCGUCGGUCUAUCCCGAUCCGAAGACGCGGAGAUCGAGGGACGCGUGGAGCUUGAAAAUCGAUCGGCCGCUCGUUCAUUCCCUGGCUACCCCGAUCACGGUGGACAUCGAAGACGAAUUGAAGCCAGGAACCAGACUGUUGAUCGCCGGAAGACUGAAACUUCUUCCUCAUUCGUUCUACGUGAACCUACAAGAAGGAAAAGCGAUCUACCCGCAUCCGGUGAUCCCGUUACAUCUGAAUCCGCGUUUCUCGUACGGCAGCAGCGCGCCGUACGUAGUGAUGAACUGUUGGACGGACGGGUCUUGGGGACACGAAGAGAGGCACUCGGGACACCUGUCGUGGAUGCCAGGACGUGACUUUCUUCUGACAAUUCGAUGCGAAGAGGACGCGUACACGAUCUGGUUGGACGACAAGAUGAUCGGCGAAUUCCGGCACAGGUCACGACCGUCGAUCGUGGACACCCUGAAAAUACACGGGGACGUGGUGCUGCACGAACUGGCCACCACUCGGUCGAAGUAAACGAACGGAGAGGGGUAGUGGUCGGUGGUGACGUCCGGACGACACACGCGACACAGGACGAGCACGACGCACCACGGAGACGGGUGGGAGGCGGGUGAGACGCAACGAUCGGCGAAGCGAGCGUCGGCGAAGAAGAGACGAGCGGGACUCGGAACGAAAGCGGACGAGGCCCGUCGGUGGCGGGACAGAGAGGACACACGCAGUCGGUCGGUAGCCGAGAGGCGGCCGAUCGCCGCGUCCACGCUCGGUGGCCGGGAAGCAGGGACGACGGACGUCGGAGACGGUCUCGCCGGGGCGAGAGGAGGUCGGAAGCGCGCGAUCGUGGAAACGGUGGACAGUCGAAUAAAGAAAGUGUGGAAAGAGAAA